GACCAAGAGAUUCUUGAGGAGUGACUUCGUCUUGCUGAACUCUGGACUUCCUUACAUAGCAACCAGGCAAGAGUUGAUGAACGUAUUUAUCAUGGCCAAGGGCUCCAGAAAUGCAAUGAAGAUCAGAGCUGGUGUUUAGACACAAACAGGCACUUGGUUUUAGAGGGGCUCAGGAGUGACAAGAGGUAUGCUGACCCUUGGGACCCCAAUGAGAUGUGUUUACUGGAUGAGAAAUGUGAAGCAGUGGAGUUGAUCAUCCUGCAGUUUUGGAGGGCUGUGACUUCUGCCUGCCAUGGAAUAGCUGAUUUGUGGCUGCUUUUACUGGCCGACUCCCUCAGCGCUGGUCUUGUGCUGCCCUGAAUUCUGUAGGAAGAGAGGAGGGGGGAAAACCCCACAGCGGGGAAGGGAGAAUGCGUCACGCUGGAGGAGGAGGAGGCUAGCAAAGAAAAAUGAGCUCUCUUAAAUCGCGUGCAGAAGGACAGGCUGCCAGGGUGGCUCCGGCGUCUCUCGCCAGAGGCUUGGCUCUCCUCCCGGCUGGCCACGAUGCAGGAGGCAGCUGGAGUGCUGAAGGAAGGCUUCCUGGUCAAGCGGGGCCAUAUUGUUCGUAACUGGAAAGUGAGAUGGUUCGUUCUGCUGCAGGAUAAGCUGCUCUACUACAAAAUUGAAGGAGGCAAGAAGGAGCCUUCUCCAAAGGGCAGGAUACUUUUGGAUGGCUGCACUAUUACUUGUCCAUGCCUGGAAUAUGAGAACAGACCGCUAGUCAUCAAACUAAAGACAAAAACCAAUACAGACUAUUUCCUUGACUGUUGCUCCAGGGAGGAGCGAGACUCUUGGGCUUUGGACAUCACUGGAGCUAUUCAUGCUGGUCACCCAGUGCAGGUACAAGAGCUUCACAGAAAGAAGAACUCCUUCAAGCUGCUAGAGAAUAUCAGCCUCCACCACAUAGUGGAGAGAAUGUGUGACAGCAGCACUGGAAUUAAGCUGACUCGCAACUUGGAGCAAGGCAGCAGAUACAAAGAGACUUUCACAGGUUCUGCCCUCGUAGACUGGCUCAUCUCCAGCAGCUUUGCCGUGUCACGGUUCGAGGCUGUCACCUUGGCGUCCAUGCUGAUGGAGGAGAACUUCCUCAAGCCGGUGGGAGCCCGCAGCACCGAGGCCACACGCUACAGUGACAUCUCUGAGCAGUUCCUCGACGACUCCACCGCGCUCUACAUGUUUGCUGAGAGCAGUAAGAAAAACACCGUUUCCAAGCAAGAGCUCCAGUUUAACAUCUCAGAGCUAAGUGGCACAAUUGUGAAGCAAGGAUUCCUGAUGAAACAGGGGCACAAGAGGAAAAACUGGAAAGUGAGGAGAUUUGUUUUGAGAGCUGAUCCUGCUUUUUUGCACUACUACGACCCCACUAAGGAAGAAAACAGGCCAGUAGGUGGAUUUUCUCUUCGGGGCUGCCUUGUCUCAGCUCUGGAGGACAACGGAGUCCCAGCAGGAGUGAAAGGCAACGUGCAAGGCAACCUCUUCAAAAUCAUUACCAAAAAGGACAUUCAUUACUAUAUCCAGGCUAGCUCCAAGGAGGAGCGAGCACAAUGGAUUGAGGCAAUCAAACCACUGACAUGACUCCUGCGUCACACUAAAGCACCUUCCUUGGCUGCACAAGAGACAAGAAGGAAACUAAUGCCCUAAACUGAAAGCACAUACUGAGAGAUGUUUUGCAUCGAGCUGCACCACAGUAAGCACCAUUGUGAAAGGCAGAGGGAAUCAGAACUGUGUGGUCCCAACACUUCAUCCAGCACGACUGAAGGGAGCUCAGAGGUGUGACUACCCAUGUGCCAUUCUCUGACAACGCUGAGUUUACAACACAUGUGAAAAAUACUCCAGGUGCUGUAGGGGGUAACAGUACAAACUCCUGCAGCAUCUUGCCUGGUUUGUUGGUGGGUCCCAGCACAUGCACACAGACUUAGCUCCCUUCCCAUAUUCUCCAGUCAGGAGCCCUGGGGAUUCAGUCACUUACUUUAGGACGCCUUUCCUCCGUCAUCGCCGCCUUGCUUCUCACACUUGCCUCUCUUGGAGUAGUCCCUGGAGAAGGUUUUGUUUUGUGUGUCAGGACAAAAAAACCCCAAACAAAACCCACAAAAUAAAGGGAGGAUGUGUGUGUGUGUGUGGGGUUAUCUCUGCCAAACACUAGCUGGUCACCACCCAGCUGAGCAGCUGAGUCAUGGCCCUUCAAACCUGAUCCCACUGGGGAGGCUCAGAAAUAACACAGUGAGGGUGAGAGCACAGGGAGGCUGCAGUGGUGGGCAUGAAAAACUUCCUUGAAGAAAAAACUGUCUGGAUGGCCAGGCCCAAAAAGUUGUGGUGAAUAAAUCCAGUUGGUGGUCUCUCA